AUGUAUUAUAAAUAAUAUAAAGAAUGUAGAUUAUGUUAAAGUUCUUUAUCAUAAUUCUAAAUUGAUUAUCUAAAGAAGAAGUAUACAAUUUUACCAACAUAAUAGGUAUUAUAAUUCCUUUCAUUUUUACUUUGCCAAACCAAUAUCAGAAAUAUUGGGAAAUUUGCAAAUUGAUCAUGUUAUAUUAUAUAAGGAUUUGUUGUACUUCAAUGAUGAUAAUGAAUAUUUUACACAAUAUUACAAUAGAUUGGAGUAGAAAUAAAUAAUAUGCAAACUACAAUUCAAGGUACUAUAGCGUAUAAUCAAUCAAUUGUGUCUCAGAUUCCAAAACCCAAUUUGUUAAUCGUGACAGCACAUAAAAUUGUUUAGAAGCGAAACAUUAAACUGUUAAAAUUACAAAAAUAACCUGUAAACUAAGUGGCAGCCACCAACAAUUAUUAAAUCUUAUUCAAUACAACUUAAAAUAUUGAGUAUUUCUGUUAUUUUUAAUAGUUCAUCAUUUGAAAACAAUCAAUAUGAAAAUAGAUAAAUCAGUUGGGAAACUUAAGAACAUAAUAUUUAUUCAACUUUUAAUAUAUCUAUUCAAAAGAUGCAACUAAUUUCAAAUAAAAAACCAAUAUAAAUUAAUACAUCAAAUUCUAUAAAUUAACUAUAUUACUAAUAAAAUGAUAAGGAAAUAUCUAUGGUAAUUAGAGAUAUAAAUUAAUUUACAAAUAUUUAGUUAAUGAAAUUUUUACCAAAGAAAAAUAAUAAUAUUACUAAAAAUAGUGUAAAGUAAAUAGGAAAUAAUAGUUAUUAAUCUAAAAAUAAAAAUGUUAUAAUACCUAAAUUAAAAAUUCCAUAAAUUUCUGAUAAUAAAAUAAAUUAUCAAUAAUUAUUGAACUAAUAUGAUUAAAUUUUAUAAUAGAGAUAUUGUUAAACAGAAAGAUAAUGGAAAGAAAAAAAAGAGUAAUAAGAUAAAAGGAAAUUAGAUGUUAAUUAGGUAUAGUAUAUUAUUAAAUUAAAAAUAGAGUAAGAAUAAAUAAUAAAUAUCAAUUAAUUCUAUUGCAAGUUCUUCAAAUUUGAAAGGGAAAGGAAUAAGUACUUGUUCUGCUUCAAUUUUAUUAAAAUCAUUAUCAAAAUAAUCUUUAGAUAGAUCUCCAAUGACAUCAAGAAGAUUAGAAAUAAAAUAGAAUCUUACAAAGCUGAUUAAAUAGUAAGAAAAGGACUUAGGAUUUUAUACAUAAAGAUGAC